CUUUGAAUAAGUCGGCAGUGCCCGGGAGGAGGAACGGAACGCCUUUCUUCAAUAACCACCAGCCAGCUUCCUGUGCCAAGUCUCAAUGUGAAAUACCACUCAGAAGCCGAGAUAUGGCCAGUCUGAAGGUGGUAUAUCUGCAUAGUAGCGAUUGGUACAUCCACAAGUCACGUCCUGGUGAUAUUCUCGCUAACAACAUCCCUAUCCCCUGUUUCGAGAAAGAAGUCAAGCUCCGGCUAGAACUUCCCGCCGUUGCUUCGUCGCCGUGUUUUAGCUUCCGACUAAACGGAUGUGCAAACGAGAUCGCCCAUGGCCCCCUCUUGGCCCUCCCACACCUCACUCCAUCCCUUCGAUAAACAGAGAGGGACAUAAAGAAACCCGUCCUGGGACCACCUGGAAUUGGUUUGGGAGGUACCCCGCUGCACAGUACACGCACCUGCCUGCGUGCCUCGCGCCGAAGCCGUAGCGUCCCGCUCUUCCCCCCAAACUGACCUGCAGCGGCAUGCCUUCGAUUGACGGCACACCUCAAACUGAUCUGACACAAGCUUCGUCCUCAGAAAAGGGGUCUCCCAAAAGAAACACACCACGAACGAAACAGUGUCAACCCCUCUUUGCACACCCUCUAUAACCGCGGAUUCCAAGCCUGCUCUCAGCCUUGUCUCAUCCAACAACCACCCAACCGUGCUGAACGUCAGCCUCGUCGCAACCCCACCUUUAGUUAUCAACUUAUCACAGCUCUAAGCGACGACAGCUUACGACAAUCGACCGUACCUAAACCCCCCUCCUCGGAGAGCUUGUGAGCAUCACCGAGAAGCUGUCAGAAUGGAGCAAACGAAAGCUCUUAACGCUCUCGAGCCCUUCCUGGCCUUGAGCAAGUCGGCGACAUCCUCGCGUGCCGCGGCCGACCUCGUCACUCGCGCGACCUCGAACCCCAAUACCUUCCUCUUCACAGAGCUCCUUGAGACCCCCCAGAUCCAAGCCCUCUCUCAGUCCCCAGACUUCCUUCCCCACCUCCGCCUUCUCGAGAUCUUCUCCCACGGCACCUACACCGCCUACCUGGCUUCAGGUCAGCAGCUGCCUCAGCUCAACGACGCCCAGACACUCAAGCUCCGCCAACUCUCCCUCCUAACCCUUGCCCGCGACCGAUCGAACCUGACCUACGCUGCCCUCCAGUCCGCCCUCGACCUCCCUUCGGCCCGCGCCCUCGAGGACCUCGUCAUCUCGGCCAUCUACGCCGGCCUGGUCGACGCCACCCUCGACCCCCACCGCCAGGCCGUCCAGGUCAACUCUCUCGCCGCCCUGCGCGACCUCGCCCCUGGCGCCGUCCCCCCCAUGAUCCGCGCCCUACACGCCUGGUCUUCUCGCUGCGAGUCCACCCUUGAGGAGCUCGAAUCUCAGAUCGCCGACAUCCGCGAAGCCGCCGCCCGUCGCCAGGACGACAAGGCCGAGCAGGACGCUCGCCUAGCCAAGCUGGUCGACGAAGUGCGGAAGGACCCCGAGGCCGGUGCGGGAAGGAAGCUCGCUGUCGGCCACGGCGGUGGCGGCGAACGCGGUACCAGCUUCCUGGGACACACGUCGAGGGCGCAGCGGUACAACAAGCGAGGCAGCACGAGCAUGAUGGACAACACAGAGGAGCUGGAUGAUGAGGCCAUGGAUGUGGACGAGGAGGAUCCCGAACAGGAGAAGAAGCGCGCCAGCCGGCGGAAGCUCUAGUAGACAAGGACGGCGGUUCAGAUCAGACCCUAAAAGGCAGCCAGCACAUGCUCUGUUCGCGGGACUUGGGAGGACCUUGGAGCCGAGUGCUGCAGCCGCGGCGGCGUUACGAAGACCACGAAGUUUAGGGUAAUGGGUAAUGGGGAACAAGACGUGACACAACUCAAAAGAGCUGGAGUACAACCAGCAUACUAGCAAAAGAACAUCACGAUAGAUCAUGAGAGCAUUCAAACCCUUUUCAGUCAGCCUCGAACAUGUUGAUAUGGGAGGCCAAACAGCCUCUUCCUGUUCUGGGUCGGUGAUACCUAUCUAGCGAGCCUAUGGUGAAAAUUAAGGGAAUCAAAAAUGAAAAAUGAAUGAAUGUGUUGAAGCCAAAAAGUCUUCCCCUUCCCCCUCCUCUCUAUCCUGCCUAGGUACCUGAGCAGAUAGAGCCAUAUCCCAGCUCCCCAAUAAUAGUCGUACACUAGCCCUGUUGUGUGCACGGAUUGAAGAAAUUAAAUCUCUCUUGUUGAACGCCGAAUGCGAGGCUGUAAUUCCUUGUGGCCUCUUCCCUUUUAUCCCUACGCCGUGCCUCUGUUGGUAUCCUGAAUGGAAAACCGAUGAAAAGUGAAAAUUUUGAAGAAAAGACUCUUUCGCUCAAAUUCCUGGGGGUCGUAACGUUCGUAAAAGCUCUCUCUCUCUCCCUCUUAACAA